AUGUCGACUUUCGCUGCCUCGUUGCGCCCAUUCGCGCGCGCCGCACCUCAUACCCUCUCCGCGCGCUCCUUCAGCUCCUCCGCGUCGCGUUCCGUGGCCCGUAUGAUCAUCACUGGCCGUCUGGCCGCAGAGCCCGAGCUGCAGGCCACCUCGACCGGCCAGGACGUCAUCAAAUAUGCGGUGGGCUCGUCGUACGGGCCCCGCGAUAACCGCCAGACGAGCUGGUUCCGCGUUUCCAGCUUCCAGCCCGAGGGCCCCCAGCGGGACCACCUGCUCAGCCUGCCGAAAGGAACUCUGGUGUACGUCGAGGGAGACGCAAGCAUGCGCCAGUGGCAAGACGCCGAAGGAAAGAAGCAGUCCAGCUUGAGCAUUGUCCAACGCACCCUCGAGGUUCUCAAGCGCCCUUCUACCGCUACCUCGGAAGACCCCACCGUCUCGAGCUAUUAA